GUUUUUUUUUUUUUUUUUUUUUUGUUGUUGUUGUUGUUGUUUAUUCAGCAGUCUCUAUCUCAAACCAUGAGUUUUGCAACUUUUGCCCUUCCUUUUCCCCUCCUACUGUGGGGGAGUGAGAGGCUCUGUGGUGCUUAGCUGCCUAUCAAGAUUAAACCACAACACAGGGAAAACGUUUCUAGUCCUCACAUGCUGCAAAAUACACUUUGUGGUGAGUAGAAUCAGGAGUUGCUGUUAUUUCAAGAUCGGUUGUGGUUCUGCAGGAGGUUCCAGAAUGGAAUUUGCUGCUUGCCCAGUCCUCCCAUGACUGGCACGCCUUCUUGCCAAGCUUGGCACCAAGUGGAUGUCACUUUUAUUGGCCGGCUCAUAAAUGUUCGCACACUGGAGCACUGAUCUCCUUCCGGCUUAGUCAGACUGGAGUUGUACAUUGAUCACUGAGAUGAUGGGUCCAAGGUUCCCCUGGCUGCUCUGGGCCUAUGCAUGCUGCUGGAGCACUGGCUUUUGCGGGAAGGUGGUGGUCUGGCCCACCGAUGCAAGUCACUGGAUCAAUGUGAAAGUGCUGCUGGAAAAGCUUGUUCUCCGGGGUCAUGAAGUGACUGUGCUGGUAGCCUCAAGCAAUCUGCUCAUCGACUACCAAGACACCUCCUCCCCCUUCGCCUUUGAGGUCUUGCAAGUCCCCUUCACCCAGGAGACCCUGGAUGAUGCCAUGGAUGAAUUCCUCAAUUUCUGGAUGAAUGAGGUCCCUAAUCUCUCACCCUGGAAGUUCAUGUGGAGAAUGAAAAAGGACCAGGAGAUCUUUACUGAUAUGUUAAAGCAGACAUGUAAUACCUUCGUGAUGAACACUCAACUGAUAGCAAAGCUGAAGCAGGCCAAUUUUGAUGUUCUGAUCGCUGACCCCCUAGCAGUAGGUGGGGAGCUGGUAGCAGAAAUUCUAGAAAUCCCUUUUGUCUACAGCUUCCGCUUCUCUGAUGGGAAUGUGGUAGAGAGGCUGUGCGGUGGGCUCCCGGCCCCCCCUUCUUACGUGCCUGCUAGCACAAGUGGGAUGACAGAUCGGAUGUCCUUCACGGAAAGACUAAAGAACUACCUCUUUUACAUGGAUUUAUUCUUCUCAAAGAUCUGGUGAGAUGAAUGGGAUGGGUACUACAGUAACAUCUUAGGUAAGGCAGUUUUUGAAUGGUUUCUUCUCAAGCACAGGUUGUGCCUUUUGAAUGUUUGGUGGCUCGAUGCUGUUGUCUCAAAA